AAGGGUUGGGUUUAUGACACGCUGGGCACUUCCCACUUUUCUUUUAUAGAAUUAAGCUAAAAAAUAAAGUUCAUUUAUGAGUGUCAGCACGCACUGAAGUGACCAUGGGGAAAAUUGAGUGGGCGAUGUGGGCAAACGAGCAAGCUCUGGCUGCUGGACUUAUUUAUGCGACUGGUGGUAUUGUUGGGGUGGCUGGUCAGUUCAGAGGCUGGCAGUUUGCAGCAUUCGGCAUUGCUGCUGGUGUGUUUGUGUGUUUGCUUGAAUAUCCACGCAGCAAACGGGGCAAAGGCACCAGCAUUGAGAGAACUGGUCAGUACUGCCUCACAGUGUGUGUAAAGGCUUUCGGACCCCUGACCAGAAACUAUUACGUCAGAGCAUUAUUGCACGCUGCGUUGUGUGUUCCUGGAGGGUUCAUGCUAGCGACAGUUCUGGGAUGUGUGUGUCUAGGAAUUUCCAGUUUAAUCUACCUUUCUGCAGCUAUUCACGGAGAGCACUGGGAGCCCAUACUGCCCCGCACAGAUCCACCAAAGCGUGUUGGGGAUAGCAUCAAAGAACCUCCACAAAACCCUCCACCUCGGCCUCCUCCUGAACUCCGCCGGAAGAAAGCAGAUAAACUAGAGACUGCUGCUUAUGACAAUCCCAUGUCUGUGACCGUCAAUGAAUAAGGAUUCCAUUGUGAAAACAGUUACCUAUAAUUUAUGGAGGCUUCAUCAACAGGUAACUGUAUGUAUGAUAUGGAACAUUUAUGAGUUUAUACUUACAAACUGCAUCAAGACAGAGAGAGAGAGAGAGAGCUGGCACUGACUUGUAAGAUGUUUAAUAAUAUCUAUGGUGUGUAACUCUUGAUAAAUUUGACACAUCCCAGUUAUUAUUGUUACUGAUAGAGGAGCAAUUUUUAUGUAAGAGAUUUUUUUUAUCAUUAAUCUAAUCAUAGGAGAAAAUAUAAUUUUACUGUAAUGCUAUUAAAAUCUUAACAGUGAUUGUGUAUAUUUACCUCAAGAGACUGUAUAUGAUUAUUUCUUCAUUUGUACUUACAAUAAACUCAGGAUGUGCUUAAUUCAA